AAAAAAAUGAACCACCUCUGGAGGAAGGCCAUCGCCGACACCCUCUACCUCGUCAAAAUCAACAAGAAGAAUAACAAAAAUAAUAACAAAAAUAAUAAUUUCGACAAGCUAAAACAGGUGAGGCCAUUAAAAGUGAACUACGAUGAAAUCACUCCAUGCCUGAGGAGAGUGUCAGUUGUCUGGGAUAGGAUGCUGAAGCAAAAUUUUUCUUCACUUUUACUCGUUAGUAUUUGCUAUAAAUUUGACCUGCUAAAAUGUUCUAUAUUUCUAGGUGUCCCCAGGAAGCGUCGAGGCCAAAUUUGGCUCUACCUUAUACAUCAGUGGAAACAUCUAGGUCGCCAUCAACAGCAUAAUUAUAGUGAUGAGUUGGAGGGGAGGCCGUAUAGAGAGAUAUUGAAGAACUGGUCGACACAUCAGCACGCAAUACUCAUCGAUCUAGGUCGUACAUUCCCUGGCCAUCCGUUGUUUUCUACGCAGUUAGGAGCUGGACAGAUUGCAUUGUUCAACAUCCUGAAGGCCUAUUCGUUGAUUGACGCGCAGGUCGGCUAUUGUCAGGGUAUCAGUUUUGUGGCUGGAGUUCUGCUCAUGCACGCUCCAGAAGAGCUAUCGUUCAAGUUGUUGAAACAUCUCAUGUUUGAUCUUGGUCUUAGGAAGCAGUAUGAGAUGGACAUGAUUCAUUUGCAGAUCAAAUUGUACCAACUCUCCCGCCUCGUUCACGAUCUACACAGGGAUCUCUUUGAACACCUGGAAGGACUUGAAAUCAAUCCAACCCUCUACGCUGCCUCCUGGUUCCUCACUGUCUUCUCCUCUCAGUUUCCGCUCGGUUUCGUUGCAAGAGUCUUCGACUUGAUUUUCCUCCAAGGCAUAGAUGUCAUAACGAAAGUUGCUCUCGUGUUGCUAGGCAACCACAAAGAACUUAUAAAGCAAUGUCAAGGUUUUGAAGGUACUGUCGAUUUUCUGAAAACUACACUUCCCGAGAUGGGCAUCAUACAGAUGGAGAGGAUUAUUAAUCAGGUGUUCGACAUGGACAUAAGCAGGCAGUUGCAAUCUUACAAAUCUGAAUACUACUUACUGAAAGAUGAGAUGAUGGCAUUGAAAAGUAAUUCCAGCACUGAUGCAGCAUCAAAGAAUGUUGUUGCUAAAAAAACAUCCACAGCGGCAACGAUAACGGCAAUGUCAUCAACCAACAACUCUUCAAUUACAAUUACCACUUUUUCAACAACAGCUGAGCAACAACGAGUUUCACCGUCAGAAACAUCAGCAACAACAACAUUAGCACCAGCUACAACAACAUUAACAUCAGCAACAACUACAACAGAACAACAGCACUUACAACAACUAGCAACUUACUGUAUCAUCUUGGAAGAUUUUCUCAACAGUGCUCAGCCCUGCCUCAGCGAGGAACUCAGAAAUGAUCUCAACAAAAUUUUUAAAAAGAAACCAAAAUUCCUGUUAAAUCAAUAAAUAUAGACGUAUAUAUGUGCGUAUAUGUUGUAUGCGUGUGUGUGCAUGGUAUGCGUGUGUACGUUGUAUGUGUGUACAUUUUUUUUAUGUUUCAUUUCGAUUGUUACUAAUUCAUUUAUUCAUAUUGCUAAAUCAAAUUUUUUUUUCCUCUUUUUAUCAAUUUCUUCCAUCUAUCUUAUUUCUAGUCUAGAGUGCAAUCAUUUAUAUGUGUUAUGAUGUUCAAAUUUUAUAUAUUUGUGUAGUGGUAUAUAAAUGUUUAUAUUGUAUAAAUGUGUUUUUUAUAUAUUUUAAUAAUAUUCAUUUAUUAUAUAUUGUUCUUGUGAUUUUUCUCACUUUUUUCUUCUUACCUUUUAAACUCUCAACAAUUAAUGUUGUAAUGGCUGUGUCACCAUAACAUUUUAACAUAUUACGUCGUAAUUACAUUACAUUUUGUUACAAUACAUCAUAGAACAAUAUAUUUUAUUGAUAUUACAUAUUAUUCGUAUGAUAUAUAAUAUAUUAGGCAUUGAUUUUGUUUAUAUAUGUUCAAUUUUUCGUAUAUUAAAUAGUCGCUAUAAGAAUUAAAUAACUAUGUCGUAAUAAUAGUAAAUGAAAUGUCAA